AAGAGGUUCGCUUCUCCUCCCUGUCUUCGAAGGCUGCAGCCUCGCCUGGACGUUGCGUGCAGCUUCGACCGAAUACACAGCUCGGAAUAAACAAACAUUUCCUCUCAGCCUUGUUUCUCACAGCAGCACGAGUUCACACUGCUGGACAGUCAAAUUCACCAACAAGAUCGCCAAGAAGCAACCAAGUCCACCCAUCUUGUCACAACACCUACCUUCACUAUGGCCAUCCUCGAGGCAGUCCCGGGAGUUGGCGUCUCCAUUUAUAUUAAUGGACAGCCAGUCAAGGAAUACGAAGACGACGGCGAGGAAGUGAGUGGGCCCUUGGCGCCAAAGACUGUGGUGAAGUACAUCGAAGCCAUCUCCGACGCGGAGUUUGCAAUACAUGCAUCUGUUCUUCCUGCCUUUCGGGCGCAUGUGCAGACGAUAUAUGAUCUUGCCUUUCAAGUAAACAUUGACGGCAAAUGGGCUGCGGGUCGUUGCUGGCGAGAAGCGGCUGAGGCUGCCCAUUCUUCCUGGAACAGCCAGAUAGACGGGUUCUAUAGCGAAGACGCGACCGGCAGACCAACUGUGAAUCCCUUCAAGUUUGCUGAUGUUGAACUUGUUGAGGUAGCAGAUAAGGCUAAGAUAGACCAAGAUGUCAAGGCCGCAGCUGCUUUAGGGCAGAUAACUGUUGAGGUUCUCCGUGUUAAAAUAGGGGGGGAAGUCAACUGCCGUGCAAUUUUGCCCAAACAAGUCGUGUCCGAGAUUUCAGAGAAAGCCGUUAAAGGUCGCGCUCUCUCACAUGGAACAGCCUUUGGCGUUGCAAAGACAGCGCCAGGACAGAAAACUGUAGACUGUGUUCUUAUUGACGGCAAAGACGAACCCUUGGCUCGCUUUGUAUUCCGGUAUCGCUCAAAAGAGGCACUCCGCCAGCUCCUGAUCAUCCCAAGAUCCCCAUCUCCAGACCUCUUUGAUGCCUUGCCAACAGCAGAAAGGGAGCGUUUGGCCCGCGAGGCUUUUCAGCAACAACAGGAUCCAAAACCCGAGCCAGGGAUCAAACCAGAGAGAAUCAUCAAAAGAGAGCGUCGCGAUUCAGAUAUUGUGGAUCUGACGAGCGAUGCACCGACAGCAAAGCAGAGGAAGACGACGAUGGAGGCCCCUAUUGACCUGACCGACGACUGAGCGGCUCAAGAUACACCCAGCAUAUUUAUUCGCAGUAUGGCUAUAUACAGCAGGACGAGAAAUUUCUUUUUGGCGUCAUAACAAUACCAUACCAUCGCCGCGACGGCGUUUUGAGCAACAGGCUGAAUUCUGGAAAGGUUGGCAAAACCGACAUAAGAACUCAUAUUUGAGAAUAGCGUGGCUGAUUUCCGGAAACGGUGGCUAAACCGGGCCAAGAACUUGCAUUGAUGGCGAAUACGUCUCCCAAACAUUGGUGUUUAUUGCCUUCAUCAGAUAGCAGGAGC